UCCGCUAGUCGCGCGCGCUCUGGGCUGCUCUCUGCCUGCAGCUGAUGCUGCUCAAUUGGCCGGCUCGCCAACUCGAGUCCAGUCGGUCGCCGAGCUCCCACUCGGCACUUUCGUUCGUCCUUCACGCGAGCGAGGAAGACCGGUUCCUCCGACUUGGUACCUGCCGCUCCGACCCACUCGGAAAACAUCCGCCGAUUUCAGCGUCAGAUGGAUGUGGGGUAAGGAGGAGUGCCGAUGGCAGCUGAGGCAAAUCGGCCAGUUUGAGGGAUUAGUUUGUCGUGAUCAUCCAUGAAUGAUACGGCCACGCUCCAAGAUGCGGCUCCAACGUCGGUGUAUCUCGAUUUCAUGGAGGGGUCGCGCUUUUGGAUCCAGAGAGUGCUGGUUCCAAUCGUGGUUUUCGUCGGCGUCGUCGGUAACAUAGUGACGGCGAUUGUGCUCACGCGGCGGCGGAUGCGCAGCUCGACCAACGUCUACUUGACGGCGUUGGCGGCCUCCGAUCUUCUCUACCUGCUCUUCCUUUUUUCGCUGUCGCUGGCCCACUAUGGCCUCACGGGCGCCACUGCAGACGCCUAUUGGACCUACUGGCGCUUCGGCCUUUGGCUCACAGACUCCACAAGCAGCACUUCGAUAUGGCUCACUGUGUCGUUCACCGUGGAGCGAUACAUCGCCGUGUGCCAUCCGAUGCGCGGCAAAAUGCUGUGCACCGAGUCCAGGGCGCGCAAAGUCACCAUGCUCGUCUACGUCCUCUGCUUCUUGAGCACUUUCUCCACUCCCUUUGAAUGGCAGACGGUGCGGAAGCCCAUCGAAGAAAUAAAUGAUACUCAAAGCAACGUAACCAUCUCGGAUGUGGCGACCCGGGUGACAGUGGAGUUGACCGAGCUUGGAAAAUUGCACUCGUACCGCACAAUAUUCUACUGGUUCUCCAGUCUGGUGUUCGUUUUUCUGCCGCUGCUCCUCCUCGUUGUGUUCAACUCUUUCCUCAUUCUCGCUGUCCACAAGUCACAACGUCAAAGAAGACACCUCACUCAGUCGGAACGGCACCGGCCUGAUGGAAGUCAGAACAACGCCCAGCAGGAGAACAAAAUCACGGUGACUCUGAUCGCUGUGGUGGUGCUUUUCCUGAUCUGCCAAAGCCCGACGGCAGUCACGCUCAUCUACACGUCGCUGACCGACGACCCUGAGCCCAACUCGGACAAAGACCGUCUGCUGCGUGGUCUCGGCAACAUCUUCAACCUGCUGGUGGCCGUGAACGCGGCGUGCAACUUCCUGCUGUACUGCGCCCUCAGCGACAAGUACCGCCGCACCUUCGCCAUGACCUUCUUGCCCAGGAGGUGUUGGGCGCGCAGGGACCUCCGCACCAACACAGUCCUCGGCGCCACUAGCUGCGUCGAGUCGCCGCGCCGCUUUUCAAGGAGCGCCAGUCUUUACAGGGACCCUCCGAGCCCUGCCAAGACGGAGUACCUGCAGGUGCCCCUCAACGGCAGCAGGACAGGCGCCGGCGCCGGACUCCGUCGGCACCAGUCAGCGUACAUACCAAGAGACCGACAGCAGACUUCCAGUUCUCCAGGGAGCGCGCAGGAGUCUUCCUCGAUCUUUGGCAGCGCCAACCGCACCAGUUUGUUUAGCGGCAGCCGCAGCGACUGCAAACUCAACUCGCCCCCUGAUCUCGCGGAGAGCUCUGGUCUGCUCUUCGAACUGAAGAACCCCUCUGGGGCGGGCACGCACUCGAACCUCCUCUGCUGGAAGCUGUCAAAGCGAACCAAGAAAGACGACUUGAUGAGCCAGGAAUUGAAAAUUACUGUCUCUGACACAGAGGUCGAUGGACUGAGUUCAGUUUGAAUUUCGACGCAGAUUUUUUUUUAAUAAUUAUAAAAUGUCUUAUCAAAGUGUUAUUACAUGUGAAAAAUUGAAGUUCAAUAUGGAUGGAAAACUUUUGUGUUGCUGUGUAAAUGUUGAAUGUGAGUGCGAUCGAGACGAAUUUGAUCGUCUAGUUUUGGAAUUUAAUCGAGCUGCCGCGCAACUAUUUUUCUUGGUGUUUCAAUAAUUAUGGAAAAAAUCACAUUAAAAAUUGUAAUCUAUGUAAGCGUGAGCUUGUCGUUACCAAAUAAUGCUCAUGUCUUAUCUAAUAAAGAGAAAAUAAUUAUCUAUUUAGUGGUGAAACCACACAAUCAAUUUUUUGUCUAAAUAUAUACAAAUUUAAAUAAUACACAGACACAUACAUAUUAUUGUAAUCUAAAACAAACCCUCCUGAUAUGAGCUUGGACGGCAGCAUAUAUAUUGAAAAAAAAAAUGAAAAUAUCUUGUUAAUGUCAUCAAAUAAAUAUUUAAUGUCCA